AUGGAUUCUAGCAAUGGGAAAAAGAAUGUAGAAGAAGAUAGACUAAGCAGCUUGCCGGAUGAUCUUAUCUACAAAAUCCUCGCUUUUAUUGGCAUAGAAUAUGUUGUUCAAACGAGUGUUUUGUCAUCUAGAUGGAGGUUUAUUUGGACUUCAAUGCCUUAUCUCAAUUUCUCAAGGGAAAAAAUCUAUCACCCGCACAAGUUCUCCAAAUUUAUCACACAUUUUUUCUCUAGCCGCAAUAAUCAAACAAAAGUGUCUUCUGUCAAACUUAGUUUUCAUGGAGAGGAUAAUCAGGAUGUCGAUGUGUUUGUCCAACAGAUUAUGGAGUAUGCAUUCUCUCACAAUAUUCAACAAUUGAAUGUUGCAUGCUUGUUUGACAAAUAUGGUGUUGAAUUCCCUCAUUUUCUCUCUAGUUCUCAGUCUCUUAAACAUCUUAGUGUGACAAAGGAACACGUCUCAGCUACACCGUACCUUAGAACAUAUGUGGUUAAAGCACCAUCUACUUGGGAGUUCCCAGCCUUAACAACUUUGUACCUCCAUGAUGUUCAUUUGUGUUGUGAUGAAACAACUGAUAAGUGCAUUGAUCUUUUCUCCAAGUGUCCCAACUUAAAGAGUCUCACCAUAAAAAGCUGCUAUAUGGGAGUCAAGGUUUUAAGUAUUUGUCUUCCUCUACUCUCUAAUCUUACACUUGAAAGUAUUCGUGGGGGUGUAAAGGUCUUCAAUAUUGUUUCACCUCAACUCAAAAAUCUCACUAUGAAAAGCGACUCUCAGUAUUAUCCAAGGUAUGCACGCGACCGUCAAUAUCGGAUAUCUGCACCUGACCUUGUGUUCUUGCUUUAUAGAGGAUAUGAUCACUUGCAACUUUAUACAAAUGGUUUCCUUUCUUUGGAGAAGGCAGAUAUUUGCGUAUCCAGUCCAAAAGAUGCUCAUGAAGUUCUACAUCUGCUUCCACAACUUCACAAUGUCAAGUCUCUUACACUUAACUUGGAAAUUGUUGAGCAACUUUCUUCAUCCGUGGAAUUAAUGUCACAUCCACCUUCUCCAUUUGCGAACUUAAGGAGUUUAAAGAUAUAUCCAACAAGUGAACAUUCGAGGGUGGAAAAACACAAAAGCGGAAAGAUGUCUGCAGAACUCAAACGCUAUCUCUUAGAUGCUUCUCCAAGUGCCAUCGUCACAAUGAUUUCACGUGAGGAUGUUAGAACUAUGAAAAACACCAGGUUGGCACAAAAUCUUACUACAAGGUUAAUGGCGUUGCUACAGCGGGUGAGAUCUGACAUAGAGACCAUAAUGGCAAAGAUUUAUGAACAAAGGAAGGCGCAAGUUGAUAAAGUUAUCGUUGCCGAUUGGAAUGUCCAUUGGUGUUGGCAAAUUUUGAGCGAGCGGAUUGAGAAAAGGGAAGAAAAGCCUUCUGGCGUCAUUUCAAAGUUGAACGAGAUUUUAAAAUUACUGAGAACGUUGCCUGCAUCGAACAGGGCUACCAUUCAACCAUCAAUUUCUACUUUGUGGGCAGAGGCUGACAUUGUUAUGAAUCUAAUGACUGAUUUAAUGAAGAUGUAUUUUGACGAGAAGCGAAGACAUUUAAGUGUGUGCUGCCAUGAACUUGCUACAACAUUGUAG